GUAACAAGUGUUCCUGAUCGACCCUGCUGCAAACUGGAAAUGAGCGCGAAACAGUCGAACGAAGCGGCGCGGCAGCCGGGGGUCGAAGUCCAGUCAUUGCGGGCCCAGCUUGCGCGGACCAGCGUGGAAUGUGGAACCCUCAAGGACAACAUAGACAAUUACGAGAAUAGCCAGUUCCGGGAAAAACCGCCUGCACAGGAAGACAAGAAAACAGCAAAAUCAAGAAAUAAACCUAAAUACCAUCAUCCGAAACAAGAACCAAUCGCCUUCCAUGCCGUUUGUGAUGUACAGAAGGUAGAGGGUCUGUGUGCUGGCCAGGUUAUAAGGUUCGAAACUCCACUGCUGAAUCACGGGGAUUCGUACAGUCCACUCGACGGAGUGUUCACCGCUCCCAUUCAUGGGCUGUUUCACUUUUCAGUAUCGAUUCUGAGCGACUACCCACCCAAAAAUCACGUCGAAGCAGAGGUUGUCAAGAAUGGAAACUGUCUCGCGCGAAUACAUGCGUAUUCCGCUGAGCGCAUGCGCGACCAGGGCUCGGUCGCCGUCACGACAGAGCUUCACGCGCAGGAUAAGGUGUGGGUGCGACUCAUUUACCCCGCAACCGCCGCCAUUUUCGGGAGCAGGUGGUCCUCUUUCACCGGACACCUCAUCGCAAAACUUUGAAUUAGUCCAACGAAGACUGACUGAUGUGUUUACGCUUUUUUUUCAAGGUAUAAGCAGCCACUGGUAUAAAACAGCGAUUAGUUGUCCACCGGGGAUACUUGUAUAAAACUAGAUAAGGUAUCAUGCAGCAGGUUAGCCUUUUGGUAAGUCUGCAUAUACAAGCAAUUUAAUUUAAACAACAAAAGUUAUUACUGGGUAAUAUUGACCAAUCAAUAGAUAGUUCGACAAAUUUGAACCAAACCAAAGAAUGAGCGGGAUUGGCCAGUAUGAUUAUUCAAAUGAUUAUAUUCAAAUGAUUAUAUUGGUUAACAGUAUGUUUCGGAUAUUGAUUAUGUUGCCGAAUAACUAUGACCAAUCCAAACAAUAACAAGUUUUAUACAGUCGGCAGCAGAUGGAGUUUUACCUUUAAUAUAUUUCUAAAUGAACAUGAUGCACUUCGAAUAUAAUGUUCAAGACUCCAAGUCAGGCAGGACUAUACAAUGGCUCUCCAGCCAUUCCUGUUUUUUUUUGUUUUUCCUAGUUAUUUUUAAGUGUUCCUUGUUGUUCCUAGUAGUCAUAGUUUUUCAUUUGCAGUAUUAUGUCUGAAAGUUUCAAUUUUGUGUUUUCAUCAUGUCUUGAAGAUUUUCUUGCAGACAACAAUGUAGAGAUGUUCAGCUGGUCUGUCUGUGCUACUGACAGAAGUGGUUUCGUGUCACUGAUACAUAGUUUGGCCUUCACCCAUGGUGAUUUAAGGUUGGACUAUGCCGAAGUGACGCCAAACAGAAGCAAUUUACAUUUACUUGCAUUUAUUUCUGUGCAUUAUGCCCAUUUAUAAGCAAUAAAUUGCCUUCGUUAAUUUUUCCCAGUA